AUGUGGCCGAUGUUGCUUCCGAUCGCCGCACUCCGUGGAACGCGCUCAGCGCUCGCUGCACCUCGGGCUUCCGUCCUACCUCCCGCAGACUACACGAUGGCAGCUCCGGCCACCGUACUACCUCCUGCUGACUACACUGGGGUGGUCACUCCCACUGCUCGGUCGACUGCGCAGCUGCAGGAAGCCUCGACCGCUGAGCUCGAAGCCUGCGUCUACGCUCACGACUAUUCCUGCAUCGCAAACGGCCGACCAUUCGUGGCUCCGAAUUGGCUGAGCGACGAACUGCUGACAGCGCUGCGAGCGGAUGCGAGAGCCUUGCGCGACGCCGGCUCGUUUGUCGAUGCAAAUGAGAAGCUCGGAAAGCGGGUCAAGCUGAGCUUGGCGGAGAGGGACUGGUGCGCGCCCGGUGAGGAGGCACCGAGCGAGGCGCGCGCUGUGGCGAGGCGGCUCUUUGACACGUUGUUGGUCGAGCUCGAGAGGGUGUUGGGCCGCCGCCUGUCCCUGGAGGAGCACGGGGCGCAGGCAAAGUACGCCAUCGCGUGCGAGGGGGAGCCGCUAGCCUUCCACGUCGACCAGCGGCACGAGGCGCUGCAGUCGCACGAGGAGCACCACGGAGACGCGACCCGGCGCACGCUGGCUGCUCUCGAGCGGGACGCGUCGCGCAGCCUCGGCUGGCUGCUCUACCUGAGCGACGACGGUUGGGACGAGCCCGGCGGCAGCGGCAGCGGCGGCACUCUGCUCACUUACCCCCGGGACGACGCCGUCGGCGAGUGCGGCGUCCACGCGUGCGGAGACCUGCAAGUGGGCUGGCUCGAGCGAGGGCGCGGCUCGGAGCCCGUCUUUCUGGACGGGUGGGCGGUGCCGCACGAGAUGCGGGGCCGCUCGCUGCAGGAGCUGGCGCGCGAGGCGGCGGCGCACUUCUCGGACGAGGCCUCCCUCUGGGCGUCCUUGCGCGGGCAGGUCCAGCCCGCGUACCAGCUGUAUUGCGCCGGCCCGGACGGGUCGCGCGAGAACGUCUCGCCGGUGUGGGAGCGACCCGCCGCGCACGAGCGGGUGCCUUCGCUGCGCGAGAUGCUCGAGCCGCGCUGGCGCGACGGCUGGAGCAGCACCAUCGCGAGCGGGCACCCGAGGCAGCGGACGGUGGCGGUGAGCCCGCGCGGCGGCACCCUCGUCGUCUUCGAUGCGGUCGCUGUGCCGCACGAGGUGACGGCGGUGCUCGCGGGCGAGCGGCUCGCCCUCUUCGGCUUCAUCGCAGGGGAGAGGCCGGUGCCGCACGGCUGGCGCACAGAGCCGGGGCGGGCGGCGCGGCGCAACUUGCCUCCGUCGUGGCGGCCGGAGGAGUCGCAGGGCGAGUGGUACCACGAGGGGUGGGCACGCGACUUCCAUCACCACUUUCGGUACACCAGGUGA